CUUAUAUCGUUCAUGACUAAUGUAAUACAAUAGGUUAAUGAGAUGAUGACUUUCCACGUGCUUUAAAUAUAAAAUCGGUCAAGAGUAAAAUGAGCCUCGUUUAGAAAAUUAAAAAUAUCAAGAUGGCGACGGUAUUCAACAACGUGAUUGUUGCCAAUUUUGAUGAAAAUGGACAGAGUGUCAAAGGUUCUGAGACAAAGACAAGAGUUGACAUGUCCAGACAAGGCGACAGCGUGGUUCUUUGUUUUUAUAAAGGUGAAGAUAAAAUAAAAUCUGUGAUUGCAUCAAAGGAGGCAGAGUACUGUCGACUGGGCAAACAGAGUCUUGUGAUCACUACAGAUGCUCAAGAAAGCACGUUGUUAAAGUUUGACAGCAUACAUAGUGUGAAGUCGUUUCAGUUUAAGUUGAAAGAGUUACAGGAAGGGUUGUCAUCAGUUUUCACAGAAAGAACAGAUGAAGCCUCUGCAGUGCAAUAUUUUCAGUUUUAUGGCUACCUCUCUCAGCAACAGAACAUGAUGCAGGACUACAUACGUACAUCCACAUAUCAACGGGCGAUGCUCUCAAAUGUCAAUGAUUUUCUCGACAAGGUUGUGUUGGAUGUGGGGGCAGGGUCAGGGAUCUUGUCAUUUUUCGCUAUUCAAGCCGGAGCACGCAGGGUUUACGCCAUAGAGGCCAGCAACAUGGCAGAAUAUUGUGAGCAACUGGUGCGCCACAAUAAGCUGCAGGACAAGAUAGUGGUGAUCCCAGGCAAGGUGGAGGAGGUUACCCUACCAGAGAAAGUGGACACCAUCAUCUCAGAACCCAUGGGCUACAUGCUCUUCAAUGAGAGAAUGCUCGAGAGCUUCUUACAUGCCAAGAAAUGGCUCAAACCUAAGACAGGUAAGAUGUACCCGACCCAGGGUGACCUUCACGUGGCCCCUUUCACAGAUGAAGCUCUCUACAUGGAGCAGUUCACCAAGGCAAACUUCUGGUACCAGGAGUCCUUUCAUGGCAUCAACCUCACCAGCCUCAGGGAUGAGGCAGUGAAAGAGUAUUUCAAACAGCCCAUAGUGGACACUUUCGACAUACGGAUGUGUUUAUCAAAGUCAGUAAAGCACACGGUGGAUUUCUUGGCAGCUGAUGAGACAGACCUACAUGUAAUAGAAAUCCCAUGUACAUUCAAUAUACAUCAGACUGGGCUUGUCCACGGGCUGGCAUUCUGGUUUGAUGUGGCCUUCUUAGGAACAGUCACCCACGUGUGGCUGUCCACCAGUCCCACAGAGACGCUGACCCACUGGUACCAGGUGCGGUGUCUCCUCCAGACCCCUGUACUCGUCAAGGAGGGUCAGGUGCUCUCUGGCAAGGUGCUUCUCAGGUGUAACAAGAGACAAAGUUACGAUGUAGACAUAGAGUUGAACAUUCCUGGGACCAGCAGUGUCUCGCAGAACAGUUUAGAUCUUAAGAAUCCAUUUUUCCGCUACACCGGCCAGGCCCCGGCCACCCAACCAGGCACCCAGACUCAGUCACCAAGUGACACGUACUGGAACUCGCUUAUGACAGGUCAGACGAACAUGUACACAACAGGGCCCCUUCUCAAUGGGGGCCUAGGGGACUCGAACUCUCUACAGCACCUCACUGGCCAGGCUCAAAUGCAGUCCAACUACAUACAGAUUUCCGGUGCUCCCAUCAACCCUGGAAGCAUUCCAAGUGUACUUAACCUCGCUGUGAACAGCUCCUCCAACCGCACAUCUGUCGGCGGUGGAAUCAGUCCCAUCAACUUCAUCAGCUCACAACCUCAGGUUUAACGUGAUCACUGGUGGGAUCACAUCAUACCCAAUCAGCAGUCAGUUCAUGAUUGGUGACUAUGUAACGCCUGGCAACCUUGUGACGUUAAGUAACCACGACAACAGCUGAGCUGCUGUAACUCAAAACUUUCAAUUGUAAAACUAUAAUAUGUGACAUUUAAGUGUUGUGUAUGUUUAUAAGUAUAGAACCAGUGUUCAACAUUUGUUUUUUUCGAAUUCCUGACAAAAAGUGUAAGUAAAGUUCCUGUUUUAGGGAACCGUGAAAACUAUUGGCUACAAUGCUUUGUGCAAAAUUGACCUACCAUUUGGGAUUGAGUAAAAGGAGCUGGUGUAUAAUUUGCAGUGAGUGUUGAUGGAUUGCUUAUUCUGUUAAAACAUAGAACAUGAAUAUUCGAGAUGUACAGACUCUUUUCCUUCAAGCUGAAUGAAAAAAAAAAUGUGGUAAAGAGAACCAAAAAAGGAACUUUUAUUUUUAGUGCUACCCAAUGGGUCAUGGCAAUGCUUGUGGACAUUUUAACUCAUCUUAAAAAGUUAUUAACAUUGUAGUUAGAUUAUAAAAAACCACUAGAAGACAUGCUUAUUGCACAUUUUUUGUGCUUUGUACAGUUUACCACUUGAUGCCACUAGAUUCAAAGACACAAUUUAUAUAUCAAAACAGCUUUCCAAACAUUCUAUUUAAAUGGUUACCGGUAAAUAAAUUAUGUUUAGGCUCAGUUCCGUGUUUGGCUCAGUAUAACCUAGCAAGAUCUCGGCAGUCUUUGCUUGUGACUUUGUGUGUAUAUAUAGGUACAUUUGCAGUAGGUACGCUCUAUACAUCAUCCUACUGCAUGACAUUACUGUGAAUCUUUGACAGUCCUACCUGCCAGUAUGUUACAGUCCAAUGGGAUAGUGACCACUUCAGUUGUAUACUGGAGUCUAUUGGAGGACUGGUCUUGGUACAAAAUGUUACAUGACAUUUUAUGUCAGUGUUCAGGUGCCAUACUUGUUAUGAUGGAAUGCAGAGAACAUUGUUGGUUAUACAUAUGAUGUGUUUAUUUUCUUGCACUAUGUGCAAAUCGAGUACGGCAAAAUACAACAAUAUGACUUUGAAUUGAAUAUAUAUGUAAAAUGUCAUAUAAACUUCACAAUUGUAUGUACUAUAGGACAUAGAUUUGUGUUCUUUGGACAUAAUGUUUCUGUAUAAUUGAACUGCUUUUUAAGAUGCAUUUACUUCAGGAAGGCAAAGUAUUUGUUAUAAUUACAUUGUUAAAGAAUUAUUUACACUGUACUUUCCAUGAAGAAUGUGCAAGAGGAGCUCUUAAUACUUGUAGAGUUUUAAUAAUGAAGUCUUUUACAAUAGAUCUUUUCUAUAAAAAUACAACAAUGAUUUGGAAAAUGACUGAUGAAACAAUUAAAAUGAAAAAAACAUUUUGAUUCCAAGGUAUGAAUUUUGCUGUUAUGGUUAGAUUUAACUUUGCUCUUUAUAAAUAUUGAUUGACAGCACCGACUUUAAACAGAAUAAACAUUUUAUAACUAGUUUAUUUGUCAAUAGAACAUGUAUGUACAGAGGUGAAAUGCUUUUAGUAAAAAAACAUGCUACACGUACUGCUGGUA